UCAUGUCAGGCUUUUGUCUAGCAGACACUUACACUUUGAUGAAUCGAGCCCAUUGUUAUUCUGGGAGGCAGACGGCAGUGUCGAGUCGGUAGCAUGCAGCACACCUCGCUGUGGACUGGAUUCUGCCAGAAAGGAGCUGGGAUGGCACCGCUCGAGAUGAAUCAUUCUCACUCGUGCCAAAAGCGCGGCCAGGGGGCCGGUUCUCCUGUAGGAGGCGCGCCUUCCAUAACAUUGCAUUGCAUUUACGAUUUAGCCUUGAGGAUCGCAAGGAUUAUGCCCGUAUUCUUUUUAAAUCCAGUUGCCGCUCAGUUGUGGAGUAUUUAUUAUUAUUAUUAUCAUCAUCAUUAACCUUAUUAUUAGUGCUGCUAAGUUUGCUUGUCGCUUUUUAUCCCACGACAACGGUAUGAAGUCAUUUUUUAUUUCUCUGUGGCUUUCCUGGUGGUUCACUUUAGAAGCAGCUAGACUCAGAAAAACUUCAGAGACAUUCUGUACUUUCCAAGAAAAGAAAUACCACCCAGGUGACAGCUGGCAUCCCUACUUGGAACCCCAUGGCCUCAUGUUCUGCAUACGCUGCACAUGCUCUCAGACUGGCAGCAUAAACUGUGUCAACAUUAAAUGUUCAACUCCUCCAUGUGAGAAUCCUGUUACAGAAACUCAACAGUGUUGCCCAAAAUGUGUAGAACCAAAAACUCCUGCAGGACUCAGAGCAAAGCAAAAGUCCUGCCAUCACAAUGGGGUCAUCUAUCAGGCAGGUGAAAUGUUCACGUCCAAUGAUCUAUUCCCUUUGAGGAGGCCUAAUCAAUGUGUUCUAUGCAGCUGCUCGAAUGGAAAUAUUUUCUGUGGUCUGAAGACUUGCUUGACGCUGACUUGUGCCACACCAGUUUCUGUACCAGAUACUUGCUGCCAAGUUUGUAAAGAUUCUGCAGAUUUGGUUGGGAAUCCUAGUUAUGCUUCAUCAGAACUGAUCCAGCCACAGCUGAACAGAGGAGUUAGACAUUCACAAAACCAGUGUUUUGGAGCACAGGCCAAGGGAAAAUUGGUUAAAACAUCUCAUUCUACAGUGAGCAAUACUCCCAGAGGCAUAAAUUUGAAAAGUUUCAUGCAUAAGGGAGCAGCUGGAACAACUAUGAAGAUUGUUUUACAGGAAAAACACAAAAGAGCAUGCACAUACAGUGGAAAAACAUACUCCCAUGGAGAGGUGUGGCAUCCAGUACUGCGGCCUCACAGAAUCUUGGAAUGUAUUUUGUGCACAUGUAAAGAUGGCACACAGGAGUGCAAAAAGAUGGCAUGUCCAAGUGAAUAUCCAUGCGAGUACCCAGUGAAAAUUGAAGGAAAGUGCUGCAAGACCUGCCCAGAAUUGAAAGAGGAAGAUAGCAAAACACAGUGCCCACUUGAUGAUAUCAAUAGCUUGCUGGUAUACAAAGAUGAAUCAACGUACCUAAAUGGUAUGAAAAAGAUUGCCAUUGAGAAAGAAGGCAGCGAAGAGAUUGAGGUUUUCAUCUGGAAGACAGGAGAAGGAUCCCCACAGGUAACUGAAGUUCACAAAAUGCAGAAGAAGGAGUUUGCAGAGCUGCCAGAAAAUUUCACCCUGAUGACCAGAAUAAAUGAGGAUGUCUGGAAGACGUUUGUGGAGAAAGAAGUCAAGAAUAAGGAUUUCAAUAGCAGGAUGUGUAUUGAGGGGAAUAAGGAAGUCUUAGCAUUUUUACUUGGACAGAAAUUAGAUCGAGUCUGUGGCUCUUAACUCUCCCAAGACGACAUCCCAAGAGGACAGUUGUCUCCUGCUACUGUAUUACUGUGUUUUCCUUGCAUCAACUGACCAUUUUUCUCAAGCCUUUAGCCUUUUUGAGUUUAGAACAGACAUAUUUCAUGAGCUGAUUUGAAAUUCUUGCUCUGAAGGCAUUCAGUAUUUGUAGAUUAUUUGGUGUUAACCAGAGGCACAACUAAUCCUUUGCUCUGUAAUCUGAUCACUAAAGAAUGGCUGGUGCAUGGAUUAUUAUUUCCAAUAAUGGAGCUUUUAUGCUAGAUCCCUGAACUUCAGUCUCCUUCGUAAUCAUUAGACAAGAAAGUCUUCUCCUUUUUUAAAAUACAAAAACAAAAAUCCAUCUGCAUGUGUAAUUCAAUGUUAGACUUUACUUUAUGAAAAAGAAUUUCCCAAUUUCAAGGUUAAAUAACAUUUUUAAAAAAUAUAAUGAAAAAAAACGAACAAUGUGUCUUCUUUUUUACUUUGUAAAAUAGAUAGAGAAAAAGUUGGAAGUGAAUUUUUUUCCUAUGGGAGAUAUAUUUAUUGCAGCUAAGGAAUGCAUUAAACAUAAACUGCAAGAACAGUUUGAAUUUGUCUAGUGAGUUCAGAAGAUGUAGAUACAAAUAUAAUAAAAUAAGAUCUGUAUUUUUGUUUAAUUAAUUCUUGUAAUUGUAUGUAUUUCAUUGCAUUGCCCCUUUUUUUAAAUACAAUGCUAAUAUAUUACUGUGUAACAUUAA